UUAGAUGUCACUUGUCACACCGGUUGCAUGGCCGCGGUGAAUAGUACGGUAUUGUCGUGUGGCUUAGCUUUUUUAACUUAACUUUCAAAUCGGCUAUAGAUUUCGCUUUCGAAAUCGAUUUUCAAUUCAAAUGCGCCUCGUUGUGUUGUUCGAAACUAAUUCGAUUAACGGAAUGCCAGCUACUGCACGUGUAAUUGCGCGUGCCCGCCAAUUUCCAUAAGUAUUUCAGUGCGGCCAAAACAAUUCGGCCAAGACAAAGUUCUGCCGGGAAUUCUUAUCGAGCUCCCGACGUUAUAAUACGGACCAGUAAUUGUAUGUGCAGUCGCUUUUGAUUGUCUGCACAUAAACGCCUACAGCGCGCACACAUUACCCGCGUACAGAAGUUUUGUGAAAAAAUAAAUGUGCAAGAAGGUGGUGAAUCAGCUAUUGUACAGCAAAAAUGGUCACAUCUGUGUAAACAAAUUUUACGCUCGAUGACGAGUUUACUGUUUUUCCUACCAAGUCCAACAACAACCGCUCCAUAGUUAAAUUAAAUCCAUAACGCGUUCAAGUGCGUCGAUGCUCGUUUCAAUAAGAAUAUGAUACUGAACGUGUACACUUAAACAAGUUGAAUCAUUAACUGUUACCCGAAAAACAAGAAAGCCGUUUACUGACGAGAACCUAAUUUAAACAUGUUCAAGACGGUAUUAGUGGUAUGCGUGUUUUCACUUUGGUCAUCAUGGGCAAUGGCGACCAUGGACGCUAUAGACGAAGCCAAAUGUAUAGCGCAUUCUAAAAAUGAAAUUGGCGGAUACAUUAUGCUGGAAGGAUGGCAAAAACUUUUUCCUCGUCAUUAUAAGUUUACCGUUACCGAAGAUGGAGACCUAAUAGCCCGAAGCAAAAGACUGAAGCUAAACACCAUCAUACACAAUUCCAUAUACGGAUGUUCACACGAAGAGGACGACGAUGCUGACUAUUGUCCGAAUGUCAACUUAGGACAUUUUAAAUCGUGCAAACACGGUAAAAAUUUGAAAGCCGCCAUGUUUAGAUCGGCGAGAUGUGCGUAUGUCGACAUAUCAAUCAAACACUUGGUGCUAGCCGAUUACUUAAUGCUCAAAUUUCCUAUUGACGAUCAAUUGGAAAACGCCAACAACCUCGUCGACGGUUCAAUAAUGCCAUUGGGCGGAUCCGUAAUGGAUAUGCUAGCAAUGCUGUUGUACGGCGAAGUCGGCGGCAUCGGCGAGCUCAUGUCGUUGCAUCUUUAUUUGAACAAUAGCUACGAAACGGUAUUGCUUUACAAGGUGCCGGCGGAUUUCGUGAAGAACGAGACAGAUUUUGUCAACGCUCGAACUCGCAUGACAAUGGUGCACGGACAAAUUCUAGGCAGGUUACACGACUUCUGGGGUACUUGGUGUGAUAGCAAUGAUCCGUUGGUCGACUACCGACAGAAGUACACCGACUUGGACUUUCAGGCCGUUCAACAAGAAAUGGAAUCGAACGUCGUCCAGGCCGACCAGUUGGUUCGCGGUCUUGGUGUCAAGGACAGCAGAACCGAUUUAAAUUUCGAACCCAGCCGGUUGGUGUUUAAAGAGUUGGUGGAAACCAUUUCUUGGCGUGGAGCGAUACCAAACGAAAUGAUGCUUAACCUGGGAGUGAACGCGUUCGAGGCCACGUUUGAAUUCGACCCCAGAGCUUUGCGCCAGUACCACAAGUCGGUGUUACAGACCAUUUACACGUGCUUCUAUUGGUCGGCCAUUACUCACCUUAAGUUGGGCCUCCGAAUAAUCGACGAAAGCGAAAAGCCCGACGUCGGUUACAACUCGAUGCAUUUUUUGGUGAAUUUCGCCCAGUACAUGAGACCCUUAAUGGCGUACGACCAAGACAUGUCCCAGGCCAUCGUUGGACUACAUCAAAGAGUGUCGAGGAAUCUAACCGGUCUGUUUUACUUCCUCUUUACUUUGUACCACGACACAAGAUUCGAUAUGUCGGUUUUAACCUCUGACGAGACAAAGUCUAGAAUCCAAGAAAUACUAAACGCGCUCAUAGCCGAUAUGAAGCACUUGUUGGGAUCGGAAAUGCAAUACGUCGAUACCGAUUCGUUGAGCUACAUAGAAGCCCUAAACUUGAUGCGUUCGAACUACAGAUCUUUUACCAAACUAGUAACCACUUCUUCGGGCUUUAAAGCGAGCCGGGAGAAUUUGAUAAAGAUGGAACCAUGCUUUUUUUAUUCUUCAGAUGAUAUCGAGAUUACUCAAUUUUAAUAAUAUGUUUUCCUUUUUUUUUUUGGUAUAAGCACUAAUACUAUUGUAAAUGGGUAAAUAGGUUAUAUUGUUUGUCUAUAUUAUUUAUAUAAAAACGCUCAUCAAUGGCUUAGUGAUAAACAUUUUAAUUUGAUUACCUAUAAAAAGAUAAAUGAAAAUUGUUUACCUUAUAACUUCAGUUAACGAAUUUAAAAUUGUUUAGUUUAAAAUAUAUAUGUUUAAGUUUCUAGUAUUAUAUUUUUA